AUGCUUGAGACCCUUGGCCAGGUCCAGCAGACAACGGACUCUCUGAAUCAAAACUUGAUACAGCUGCUGAAAAAUGCAUCGUCAGCACCAGAAUCUAAACAUUAUACGUUGAUCCAGAACGUCUGGUCUUCUGCCUGGAGCGCGGAAGGAUCUGAAUUGACCACGGAUGAUGACCUAUGGCUCGACACCAGCGAGAAUACUAAUGAAUUUUGUACCAACGCCAUCAUUGAAAGCCUCAAGUUCCAGGGGGUUGACUCUCGAGAGGCGGCUAUUAGCAAGGCCUACGAACAGACGUAUGAGUGGGUGUUUGAGGAGCCGCAGGAAGCUGCUCCUAAGCAGAGACCAUGGUCCAGUCUCGUGUCAUGGCUACAAGGCACCUCGGCCAACAUAUACUGGAUCACCGGCAAAGCUGGAGCUGGCAAGUCGACCUUGAUGAAAUUCAUGGUUGGACAUCCCAGCCUGCACGAGCGGCUGGCACGAUGGGGCAGGCGCAGCAACAAGCCUCUGCUCGUUGCGUCCUUUUAUUUCUGGAACGCAAGCACUCUAAAUAUGCAAAAGUCUCAGGAAGGCUUGAUGAGAUCUCUUCUAGCCCAGUUCCUCGCCCAAAUGCCAUCCAUCGUCGCCCGGGUGUGUCCUCGGCGUUGGGCGCUGCUCAAGAUCUUUGGCCAGCGCUGCGUAGAUCGCGUCCCAGCUUGGACUCUUCAGGAACUCUCUGAAAGCUUCGCUCUAUUCAGCCUGCUUGUGGGCACUAGUUUCAAUCUUGCCUUGUUCAUCGACGGAUUGGACGAAUUCGACGGCAAACACAGCAAUCUAAUACAGUUUGUUAAGCUGCUCCACUCUCGACCAGGUACAAAGAUAUGUGUUAGCAGCCGGCCUUGGGUAGACUUCCUAGAUGCCUUCCACGACAGCCCUCAACUCAGGAUGGAGGACCUGACGACAGACGACAUUGGGAUUUUUGCGCGCGGCAAGUUUGAAGAAACGCGGGCAUUCCGGGAACUACGAGAUGCCAUGCCAAGCGAGGCCCAUAGGCUGAUGAAAGGAAUCGCUGAAAAGGCCAAGGGCGUCUUCUUAUGGGUCUCUGUCGUCGUUCAUCUGCUGCGCGAGGGCCUCACUGAAGGAGAUAGCCUGCAAGAUCUCCAGAAUAUGCUAGACACCCUCCCGAGCGACAUCUCCAACCUGUACAAAAGCAUAUGGAAAGGUAUCAAACCACAAUACAUCGGCCACGCCUCAAAGCUGUUCCAGGUGCAUAGCUGUUCGACGUUGCCGCUAGAUGUCGUAACUCUGUGGCUUGCCGACGAAGAAAACACUCUCGAUUACGAUAUCAGCUUUGUCCAGGGGGAUCUCCAGCGCCACAUCGUACAGAUCAUGACAAGGCGGUUGGACAGUAGGACACGAGGCCUGCUUGAGAUAUCCACCGACGGCACUGUCGACUAUCUGCACAGGACUGUUCGUGAAUGGAUCAUGCUCAUCUGGCCCGACAUCUGCGCCAAGUCUCCGCCCAGCUUCGAUCCGCAUCUCCAGCUGCUUAAAGCUCUCGCAGUUGAGAGCCUGAGCUCCAAGCUGUGGGAUGGUCACGGGAUGCUCAUGCCGUUUACUUUCUGGCAACGCGUGUCCGUCUGCUUCUAUCAUGCUUGUCGCAUUCUCGACACUGAGGUUAAUGCUGCGCCCCUCGUGCGUGCCCUCGAUCGCCUUGAUGCAGAUUUAUCGCAAGUCUCAAAGAUGUACGCAAUGCCUGACGGCAGAUUGCCGCUCUAUCGUAGCACCGCAGUAUCGGGAAUCACCAUGACCACCGACGACGAGGACCUUUUACCGCACUGGGUAACUACGCAGUACACACUGACAGAUGGAAGUUUGCACAAUUCCUUCAUCGGCCUGUGUGCGCAAUUCGGGGUGCUCCCAUACGUCCGUGAAAAGAUCACCCGCCAACCAGAGCUGUUGAAUCUGCCUGCGAAGACACACUCGGUGCUCGCCUGUGCUGUUUUCGGCCCCGAGCAUUUCGGCCGGCCAGAUAUUAUCGAUUCCAUGGGCCAGUAUCUAAACACCACUUCAUUGGACACGAGACUAGCACUCGUACGCUUCUUGCUAGAUAAUGAAGCAUUGACGCUAUUGCCUGAGCAGCCAGCCUUGUGCGCCGGGGAUCAAACCACAUGGAAUGAAGUGCAACAAAAGGUGGAAUAUUACAAUAGUCGCGCCAACCACGAGCAAUCCAAGAUGCAGCGUGAGUAUUGGGAUGCAGUUUCCGAGCUUUUCGAGGAGCGUGUACAAAUUUUGGUGCAGCGGUCGAGAGCGGCUCCAAGAAUCCGGCACAAGGCAGAGCCCAGAAGUUAUUCAAUUUUUCGCUUCUUGAGGAGAUUGAGGAGUAAAGCUGGGGAAAGCAUGUGA